GCUCAUCAUGUACGUUCCUGUCCAACGGGUUCGAACAAGGCCGGCGCAUUUUAUUCAAAGAAUUUCUUCUGCUGAUCUGAUUGUGAUUUGGGGUCGCUACACGUCUAGUUCUACUGUCUGCGUGUGAUGAUAAGUAUAUCUCGUUCGCCAAUAAGGAGGCCGUGGUGUGGUCGUGGAAGAUUGGAUCUGUUUACACCUGGCUUGGCGCCAAAAAAAAAAAGCGGUUCGCGAAUGGUCGAAAAUCGCUGUUGUUGGUGCGCCAGCGCUAGCGAAUCAAUUUCGAUUAGUCUCAACGAAAACGAAAUUCUGUCGCCGUGGCCGUACAAUAUUAAUAGUUCUCUUCUCAUCUAACGUCAGUAGCAAAAAAAUUUUCGGCAAAAUAAAGGCCCGGACAACUUUGCUCCGGUGCUAGCUUAUUGGGUGUGUAUCCAACGAAAAUUUCAUCAAGUAGUAGGUACAAGGCGCUUUAACCAAAUAUAUAAGAUUUCCAUUUCUUUUACUUUUUCCUAGAUAAAAUACACAACAUUUGAACGUACAUUUUCUUAUCUAGUCGAAAGCAGCAACUUCUACACCACGCAACAAGUGUUUCUUUUCCAACAAAACGAAAACGCACAAACGACCCCAGCAGAUUUGUUUUCAAGACAUUCCUUUCUUCCAAAAUGCCGCCAAAGGGUUCCAUGAAGGUUGUGGGCGCGGCACGACCGGCAAUGAAGGUGGCGAUGAAGCAGGUGGGCCGACCGCCGAUGAAAAAGAUGAAUGCCAUGAAGAAAUAUGCCGUGCAAAAGUAUCGUACUCGUAGUAAUUGCAAACAUGCAUUACAAAUCCUGCUCCUAAGGUAAAUCCGCAUUACAAAUUUCAUUUAUCUCAUGCUGAGGAAAUUUGUAAUGCAUUUAUACGAGUACGAUACUUUUGCAGUUCAUAAGAAAGCCGGCGGCGCCAAACCGAUGAAAAAGAAGGCCAUGAAGAAGGUGAGCAAGAUAUUGCAAGGAAAAAGUGUUAACGUUAACGGAAUCUGUCAUGCAGAAAUUCAUCCCAAACCGUGCCAAAAUUUGUCACGCAAAGCAUGCAUGCUAGGCUAAAUUUGUCAUGCAUUUUAGCAAUCUAUGUCUAUGAAAACCGUUGACGUUAACACUUUUUCCUGUGAUACAAGAUUGCCAAGGGCAAGCGCGCGAAGAGUUCGGUGUACCGGGGCACCAAGGAGAAAACCACCGGCGGGCUGAAAAAAGACGACUUGCGGAAAAACAAGAAUGGCAAAGUGGUGUCGGUUAAGGCUUCGAACGCGGGAAAGAAAAAGUUCAAAUUCAUCAAGAUGUGGACGGACUCCGUGGUGCAGGCUCGCAAGUACUUGGAGAUUCGCUAUCAAACGGAGUCAAUCUUCAGAGUGGUGGUGGAAGGCUCAGAUUGGUUGCGACCAUGCCGAUUAAUACCAUUUCUUGCCAGCAGGGCAUCUGUCAUGAUCUCUAUUGUAUUUUUGUCUGUCUCGCCACUUCAUGAUCAUGAGGCAUCUAACCCCGUCGUGGUGCAAGGCAGACACUACAGAUUUUGUGGCGACUGACACACGGCAAGCUCCUUGUCGACAGGUUGGCGCGUUACCACCAGGCCACCCGGGUGACAUGAUCGUUUGCAAUGCUAUCCUGAGUAAAAACGUACCCACACCAGAGUUGUAAUGCAAAUCUGCAUGCCAAAAGAGUUUCUCAUGCUGAGCCCCAUGAAAGGCAUUUUCUAAUCGUGUUUUGGGAUUUGUGAUGCUAUAAUCAGCAUGAUAUGCUAGGCCUGUGAUGCUGCUGAACUACCUAAACAGGAUUACAUUACAAGGACAAACUUGUCAUGCGAAACAGCCAAAGCUGGUUGAUUUGUCUAGCAGAUUUACCAUCUUGACUCUGGUGUGGGUACGUUUUUACUCAGGAUAAAUGCAUAUCCGCGGGUUUUGUCCGAUUGGCGGGAAUAUGGAUUGCAAAUAUGUCUGGGUCUGGAAGAUUGCAACUUGUCGUGCUAAAUCUGAAUCGCACAAAAAUCUGUGCUGCAUGAGUGCGAAAAGGUGUCCACUUUCGACCAAGUUGGGAAGGGAUUUCUCAUGCAGGAUAGGCAUGACAGAAACCUCACAGAGUCUGUUAUGCUAGGUCCCACAUGAUUCCAGAACUCAUGGGAGGUCAUGCAAAACCUGCAUUGCAAGCAUCUGCACUCAUCCAGACCCGGACGGCGCAUUUGCAGUUGAUAAGGAACAGUGCGCGGGGAAAAUCUUUCCUCUACAAAAUCCGGAGCUUCUAUCAGUUCAAAAAGAAUUAUGAGAGUGCACAACUCCCCCUCCCCCUCAUUUGUAUAUGCAAAAGCCUAAAUGCAAGCGCUUCUCUGUGGCACUGUAUGCAUGAGAGAUUCCGGAAGUCCAAACAGUACUACAACAGGCGCAUGAAGAACUUGUCAUGCACAGGCUCCACGUGUGCUGAGCUGGUGUUUGUAUUGCUGUUCAUGCAGUACAAAUGAGGGGGAGGGGGAGCAGUUGUGCACUGUCAUAAGAAUAUCACAGUGAAAAAAGUAGCGCAUUUUGUUCGAAAUGCCAAAACAGAUGAAACAGAAUAGCAAUCUCUCACGGUUCUCACGGCCGAUGUUGAACUCUAGCAUGCUUUUUUAGUACUUUCAGGUAUGCAUCACGACCACGCCAGAUUUAUUGUUUUUGCGUUUCUAUUAAAUGUGAUGCGCUGACUUUUUUCUGUGUGACAAAGAAUGCCACUUCUGUGGCAAAGGCAGACGCGGCGAACAAAAUGAACGACAGCGCAAUGCUGGCGGGUUCAUCUCCGACGGGGUCUACCGGGGCAGUGACAGCGUAAGUAGCAGAGGCGUAGUCACUUCUACUUACCAUCGCCGAGUAGUUGUAAGUACACGACGUUGAUGCUCAUUAAUGUCGUGCUCAACUAGUACAAAGCUACACUCUGCUCCUGCCAGUGCCGCUUGCAGGUCUUAUUUUUUUGGGUGCAGUAAUAUCCACUUGAUCUACUUGAUGUCGCAAGACCACUGACUUCUUCUGCCACUAACAUAUCACCGAGAAAUACAUCUGAGUCUGACGAUAUUUUGAAAUAAGCGAAUAACACGUCGAAAUUUCUGUACCUCCCCUUGCUUUUCCUACGUUGACUUUGAUCUAUACAAGACAAGCAAACUGCCUAUGUCAUGGGUACGGAAGAUGAAAACUGCCUAUACGGAAGAUGAAAAC